GGAGGAGAGAGGCGCAGCUGCUGCCUACCAAUAAUCAAGACCUGUCUCUGUUAGAACGAGACAGCGUUAUCAAUGAGCAACUUAAAAGCUCAUUUUUCAACCACUUUAUUGGAAUCUAUUAUUAUGCUAAUAACAAGGAUAGUGUACAAUAAAAUAUCGUACCGUUAUGUGUACUCCAAAGCUGAUAACAAGUUAAAAACUUUGAAAAAUACACUUAAAACCGAAAGAAAUCCGACCGCGAUAGGAGGCGGAUCUCCGAACAAUGCCGAAGGUAUUCGUGUCGUUUCGUCAGUAUGAUCGCCGCAGUUUGGCGGCCGGUCGUGAGGAUGGUGCGAUCUGUACGUGAACAAAGAAAAAUAUUUGUUUGCAAGUGUAUACUGGAUAAUGUCGUCUGAGUCUUCAAAAAUACAAGUGGAAUACAUAAACGAGGACAAAAGUAUCAAGGAGGGCAGCGGCACCCAGUCGCCCCUAGCGCUGCUGGCCGCCACGUGCAGCCGCCUGGGCGCCGCCAGCAUGGGGCCCGAGCAGCAGGAGCAUCAACAACAGGCUCAACAACAACAGCAACAGGCACAACAACAACAGCAACAACAGGCUCAACAGCAGGCUCAGCAACAGCAACAAGCUCAGCAACAGGCCCAGCAACAGGCCCAGCAACAGGCCCAGCAACAACAGGCGCAACAACAGGCGCAACAACAAGCCCAACAACAGGCACAGUUGAUACAGCAGCAGGUGCAAGGAGAUGCGGCGACGAUAGCGGCGAUUCAACAACAAUAUUUGCAACAACAACAGCAACAGCCGCAAGUAAGGGUCAUCAGUUCGGCUGUCGUGCAGCAGUUGAGGGCCCAAGGUCUAUCGGGCAACGAAUUAUCAGCAGCCAUUGUGAACGCAGCCAACUCAGUACCAAAUGGCAUUCAGGUUCAACAACCUCAGGUCAUAUCGAUGCAGCAAUUGCAGUCGAUAUUAGGAGGCGGCGUGGUGUCGAGCGAUGGCACCACAUACCAGAACUCGCCGCAGCAGCUGCUACAGAUACACCCGCAACUGUUACAGCAACAAGCGGGAGGCAUCUACGGCAGUUGCCUAGUGGGUGGCGUAGGCGGCGUAGGCGGCGUGGGAGGCGUGGCGCCCAUGCAGGCUGUCACUGUAGACGGACAGGAGGCUCUGUUCAUCCCUGCUCAGCAUGCUCAGAAUUUCUCCAGCAUGGGGCAAGUGAGCCUAGUCAACGGACAACUGGUGCGGGCGCUGCCGGCCGGCUUCCUGCAGAACGUCAUGCAUCUACCCGCUGAGCAACAGGCGACGGUCAACAUCCCGGGCACUAACCUCUCGAUCCCAUUAAGCGCUUUGACCGGGAACCAGAUGAUCACGAUCCCGGGGUCCAAUAUUGCGAUCCCGGCCGGGAUUCAGAUCCCGACGAGUCAGGCUAUCUCGAUCCCGAGCUCCACGGGCGUGCAGAUGCAGCAGCAAGACAAGGCCGACUCUAAGGAACAGAAGGACGCCAGCCCCGAUCCACAAGGGGCAGGCGUGGCCGUACGCGGCGUGGGCGGCGUGGGAAGCGUGGGCAGUGUGGGCAUGGUGCCGGUUCAAGUGCCGGUGAGCGUGGCUGGCGGCCAUACUGUGUACCAGACCGUGCACGUGCCUAUGCACGCGCCGCACCAUCUGCAGCUGAUACCUCACGCGCACCAGAUGCAACAACCCCAGAUUGCCAACGUGUUGACGCCGUCAGGUCAAAUUCAGCAGAUACAAAUAGCGUCAUUAGCAAAUGUUCAGCAAAACGGAGGCACGCAGGCCGCCGCCAGUGCCGCACCCACGCCCGCGACCAUCACUCUGCAGGCGGUGUCGAACCCGAUGCAGACGGAUGCAACGGUACAACAAGUGCAGCAAGUGCAGCAACCGCAGACCAUAAUCACCAGCGGGUCGGGGCAGCAGGUCACUGUCAUCCCAGCCACCAAUGUCCCAACGCUGGGCGUAGGCGGCGUGGGAGGUGGGGUACAAUUGGUCCCCGCGCUGGGACUGCCUGGGGUGCAGUUGGCUCAACUUCAUCAACCUCAACCGCAGCCGCAGCCUGUUAUAGGUCAACAAAUCCAGCAAGACCCCAACGAGCCGGGCAAGUGGCAGGUGGUCACCGUGAGCACGGCUAGCAAUAACAGCAACAACAAUUCGGGCAACAACUCCGGGACGGAAUGCGAGGCCAGCAAGCAGCGCGCGUCAAGUCCUUCUGGCAACAAGCGGCUCAUGAAGCGGGUGGCUUGCACGUGCCCUAACUGCGACUUGGGAGAGAACCGCCUGGUGGACCGCAAGAAGCAGCACGUAUGCCAUAUCGCGGGCUGCAACAAAGUGUAUGGCAAGACGUCGCAUCUGCGCGCACAUCUACGUUGGCAUUCGGGCGAGCGCCCUUUCCUCUGCAACUGGCUGUUCUGUGGAAAGAGGUUCACCCGUUCCGACGAGCUCCAAAGGCAUAGACGCACGCAUACCGGCGAGAAGCGCUUCGAGUGUCCCGAGUGCAGCAAGCGGUUCAUGCGCUCCGACCACCUGGCCAAGCACGUGCGAAUACACACCAAGAACCGCAUCACGCAGGCGACGUCCAUGUACUCGGACUCCGGCGACGACAGCUGCGACGAGAAGAUGACACUCACCAUCGAGACCAUCCAGGCCGAGCCCGAGCCGGCCGACGACAAGCUCGUCAUGCUGCGCCCCGCCGCCAAGAUGGAGCCCGAGCACGCGGACAGCUAGGACGAGGACAGCGACGAGUAGUCGCUGCUAACCUUCAUUCUCAACCGAGACUAAUGUGCUGCGGGGAGGCUUGGGCGAAGUAAAGUAGCUAUGUCAGACGCCUAUGGCGGGUCAUAUAGUCUGACACCAGCGUUGUACGUCACCAGACUCCUAUGGCGGGUCAUAAAGUCUGACACCAGCGUUGUGACGUCACUCGUCGCAACCCACACGGUUGAAGGAGCCUCAACAAUCGUGUGAAUUUGUCUUUACUCGGUCAAGCCUACGGUGGCCAUUAGUGACACAUGGAUUGCUUUAGCAAAUAGUGUCGGUGGGGAAUAAGCCGAAACACUUCGGCGAAAACAAUUUUUGCUACAAUUGACAGAAUAGCUGCUAAAAUAGAGUGGAGUGAUGUAGUGAGUGAACCUUAACGUUUAAAUAAUUAGAAUAAAAUAAUCAUAACUUUCGUUCUUUUAAACUAUAUUGUCUUUUCAUACUCAAUGAGCCAUACUUAAUUUAAGAUCGUUAUUAAAAUCAUGAAAUUUUAAAAUUAUUUUAGGUUCACUUUUAUUUAUUUUUGUUAGGUUAUUUUAAGCCGCCUUUAAUUAUUAAUUAUGUUAAAUAUUUCUUCAUUCCAUUCUUUUUUACCCUUCUUUCGUUUACAUGAGCAUUUUGGUUGUUUACGUAGGUUGUAUUGCAUUAAUUGGUAAGAAUUAUACAUAAGCGUCUAGAUUAUCGAAUGAACAGUCCAGCGUAGUCAAAAAAUUAAUCCAAAAUUACUUGUGUCAUAUUAAUUAGAAUCUGUAUGAUCUGUGAUCAAAAUUAUGUUAUUGGUUGUAGUUAUGGUGUGGUCUGUACAUUUAUUUUUGGUACAAUCGAUGCAGUUAAAGUAAUGGUUUAUUUUUGCUUAUAUUCUAAGAAAAAUGAGAGGUCUGCGACCCAAUAAAAUACCAGUCUUAGUAAUCUUAAAUUAUUUAAUUGUUUCUAUUUAAAUGAUUAUGAGGUAAAAUAGCCAUAACUUAGAGAAGGCUUUUUGGGCGGACUCUACAUGAUUUAAGAUCAUUCCCGAAAUCCAUUCUUUACUUGCAAAUAUUGUACUUCUGUUGUACUUAUUUGUAAAUUGUGUAUAUCUUUUUAAUAAUAAGGAUUGAUGUAAAAAUGUAGUAUCAUGUUUAUUGGCGUCUAAGAUUAAAAUAAUAUUAAGUAACACGUCUAUUUAAAUAAAUUGUUUAAGAGUCGCACAAAAAUAAAGAAUUUAAUAUAUUUUGGAAGAGAAACUGUAUUAGAGUAUAAUAGUGAAUUGGAAUACACAGGUGAUGCUAAAUUAAUACUGAUAAAUUAAAAAUUCUAUCUUAAAAACAGUUGGUGUUGGUGUAAAUGUUUAUAAAGUGCGCCCUAGCCAAAGUCCGAAAGUUUUAUGUGCUAGGAAAUACAUAGUAAUUAAGUCGUGUGAUUUUAGGUAAAGUACUUAUUGUGUAUUUACAACGAUCGAUUUAUUUAAGAAUGAAGACUAGAUGGCGAGGAAAAAUACUUGCAUAAUACUCUACUUAUAAAUAAAUUAUAAACUUAGUCACUUUUAUAUGUAAUGUUAACACGUUGACAGUUCAAAACCUUGCCCUUGUUGCUAGUUUUUAUACAGUUGAAGGGUUACAGACUUUCAAAUAGCAUUUUUCAAUCUUUCUGUCUACGCCAGAGAUUUUCUUGCAAUAGAAACAAAUUAAAGUGAAAAAUACGGGUUGUAUUUUUCAUGGGUAAAAGUCUACUUUCACAUCUUUAUCAUUAUUGUAAGUACAAGAAAAUUUCUGUUAUUUACUCGCCUUCACAAAAUGUAUUAUGUGACUGACUGACUCAUUAUAACUCUGGCAAAAUCUUUUGUAAAAAGUUUAAUGAUCAGGUAAUUAAAUUGUCAAGUGUCUGAAGUUUUUAGUUCAUAAAUCCCUUUGAAUGCUAUGUUAAGAAAUCGAACAUCGGUGCUACAAUAGCUCUUUAAAAAAAUAGGAUCAACUUUAAAUUACAUUAUUUCACAAAAUUAGGCAAGAUUUUAAACAAUGGUUAACCAAUUUGAUGAUUAAUCCUUUAAUCAUACAAUGGUUUCAUAAAAUUACAUUUGGCUUUAUUCUUUGGGCAGCGAGUUGUUUAAAUCUAGUCCAGUGUAAAAUUGGUUUUGGCCCUGUUAUUAUUUUCGAAGAGUUGUACAAAAGAUGGUUGUGUGGGUACAGACAACGGCACUUCAACGUAAACACUGGCAUCUUAUAAAGUUGGAAUAGAUGCUAUUUUUCAAAAAAAUGUACAGUUUGAUGUGCUGUCGUCGGUACAAACGCAACGCAGCAUCGAAGCACCGGUGGGUCCAAGGCGAGGUCGCCCGACGCUCUGUAAAUAUAAAGCACUUGUACAGUGUAAAUGUAUGUAAAUAGUUUUAUUGUUGACCCGUUAAUAAAAUAUUUUUAUACUA